AUGUGCCAGCACGGCACCGACGGCCAGCAUGAGGAAGCGUCGUCGCAAGCGUCGCAGCCCGCCGCCAACGCAGACGAGCCCUUUCCCUGGCACCUCGCCAUCUUCGACGCCCACUGCCACCCUACCGACACCAUGGGCGCCCUCACAACUCACCUGCCUUCGAUGCGAGCCUCUGUCCUCGCCAUCAUGGCCACCCGUUCUCAGGAUCAGCAUCUCGUUGCCGAUGUGGCUUCCCGCUUCCGGCCCGGCCCGCCGCCUUUCGAAGCGCCUUCUCAGUCUUCAUCCUGCAAGGUCGUGCCCGCCUUUGGAUGGCACCCCUGGUUCUCUCACCAGCUGUACGAUGACACUGGUCCCAGUACGGCGACAUACGCACCGCCUCCGGAUGGUGCCGAUGCUCAGGCCCUCCAAGAUGCGAAGCGGGUGCACUACCGCACCGUCCUCACCCCUCCCCCGGAGGACGACGACUUCAUCGCCUCGCUCCCCACGCCCACCUCACUUGCCUCCUUCAUCUCCUCUACCAGCGACCGCCUCAAGGCCUUCCCCGAUGCAUCUCUCGUGGGUGAGAUUGGCAUUGAUAGGGCUUUUCGUCUGCCGCGGAACUGGGAUCCCGCCGAUACGUCCUCACGGGAUCAAGAGCUCACUCCCGGAGGCCGUGAAGGCCGCCUCCUGAGCCGCCAUCGCGUCUCCAUGCCGCACCAGCAGGCCGUCCUCCGUGCCCAGCUGCGGUUGGCCGGUGAACAGGGCCGACCCGUCAGCGUCCACGGCGUGCAAGCCCCUGGCAUUCUGUACGACACUGUUUCGGCGUGCUGGAAAGGCCACGAGCGUCACAUCCCCUCCCGCCGUGAGAGGCGCAUGGUUGCCCCGGGCGCCGAGGACCAAGACUCGGACACGGACGACGCAGCUCGCGAGGGCGGCAAGCCGUACCCUCCGAGGAUAUGUCUCCAUUCUUACAGCGGCACCGUCGAGGUCCUAGGCCAGUGGAUGAAUCCCACCAACCCAAGCCAUGUAUAUGUCUCCUUCUCUUCGGCCGUUAAUCUCAGCACCGAGGCCGGACGAGCCAAGUUCCCCGACGUCGUCCGCGCCGUGCCCGACGACCGCGUGCUGGUCGAGAGCGACCUGCACAUGGCUGGCCCCGGCAUGGACGCAGCUCUCGACGACAUGUACCGCCGUGUGUGCGAAGCCAAAGGCUGGCCGCUCGACGAAGGAGUCCGGACAAUAGCCAAGAACUUUGAGGACUUCAUCUUUGGCAAGAGUAGACGAUGA